UCCAGUGGCAGCCUCAGUAACACACGUCCCCUUGGAGACUAGCGCAACACGUGAUGCGUCUACUUAUCACGUUCACUGAGCAGCGCUCAGGAACACACUUUGAGGAAAAAGUGACUUUUCUGACCCUCAUUCGUCGGAAGUUUCGAUGGCCAUCACUUCUUUAAGGAGCUAAACCAGUGAGCGACGUAAAGUAUCCAGUUGGCGAACUUUGCACAUCCUCAAAUGCGCCAUUUUGAUCGCUCUCCGGAACAAGUUUGCCGUUUUUUUCUCGAAGUCCAUCAUCUCCUUUCACCAUCACCAUGUCUCAGCGCAGUCUGCCCAGCAUCGACAAAGUCAAACUAUGAGCAGAGGUCGCUGUCCCUUGUCCUUUGCCCAUGACCCUGUGCCUUCGUGACCCUGUGACGUGUUCAGCCCAGACCUUAAAAUGGAAAUCGAGCACGCCUCCAUGCAAGAGUGUGUCAGCAACGGUGUUGUUGAUGGGAAUGAAGAAGAGCCUGUGAAGAAUCAGCCCUCCACACAUAUAGCAGAACCUGCCGAAGAAAAUGUAGCGGAGGAAGCAAAGAGUGAUGGAAUGGACAUGCAAUCACAUGAACACGAGGCAGAAGAAGAAGAAGGUGGAAUUAGAACAGAGGAGGAACUGACCUCCAUCAACUCCAUGAUGAGUACUGUGAUGAAUGUGGGCCAGAUUAAUGGAGUCGAUGCCGACUCCACCAAAGCAUCUUCCAAAAUGACAAGCAAAACGCUCACAGUCAGUCGCACAGGGAGAAGAAAUCAGGAAGUCAAGGAAGAUCGCUCAAGCUUCAUUUGCCCCCUGUGCAACAAAAACUGCUUGACACUGCACCAACUCACUAUGCAUAUCAGACAGCAUAAUACAGACAGUGGAGGCACAGAUCACUCUUGCAGUAUCUGUGGAAAGGCUCUGAGCUCGGCCAGUUCUCUGGACCGUCACAUGCUGGUUCACAGUGGAGAGAGGCCAUACAAUUGUGUGGUAUGUCACCAGACGUUCACCACCAAUGGAAACAUGCACAGGCACAUGAAAAUCCAUGAAAAGGAUGCAAGUAGUAUUCCUACCCAACUGAACAAGCGCCGUCGUCUCUCUAAGAGAAAGAGUGUGGAGGAAGAGGGAGAGCAGGCUGAUGAGCCGUCAAACAAAAAGGUGAUGUUGAUGCAAAAGGCUGAAGAUCUUGGUUCUGUCAAGAGUGAAGAAGAGCUCCUCCAUUGCACCAUCUGCUUUAAGACGUUCAUCUGUAAAUAUGGUCUGGAAAGUCAUAUGGAGACACAUCCUGACACUACACUCAGGUGUAACAUUUGUUGCAUUACUUUUCGGACACACCGCGGUCUCAUUCGCCAUAAUUCCACCGUACAUAAGCAGCUCCCCACAGACCCCAAUGGACGACCCUUUAUUCAGAGCAACCCCUCUAUCCCGCUGGGUUUUGGUGACUUGGCUUUUAUUGACUUUAGCUGUCACAAGUUUCCCCAAAUUGCACAGGUCUGGUGCGAGACCAACUUGCGCCGAUGUGCUAGCAAGUUCCACAAAUUUGUUUGUGACGUCUGCAACAAAGCUUUUCCGCUUCUGCAGUCCCUAGAUAUUCACAAAUCCUCACACAAAAACACCACAGACAUCAACACUGAAUCUCAGGAACCAAAUGCAGAUACUGUUACGGACCCACCCACAGUCAACUCCCAUUCCAUGAAGGUCAAUGAACCAGUUGAUAUUUCUAAUUCAGAUGGGAAGAAUGGUUUCCUGGAAAGGCUGGGUCUCCAACACUCCUCUCUGGCCAAGCCAGAGAGGACCGAAGAGCAAAUCCAGCAAGAGAUUUUAGACAGCAUCCACUUCAUUCGCGUUGAUACGCCUUCAAUGAAUCUACCUCAAGAAUCCAGCAGCAGCAGUCUCGGCCUUUCGCUUCUGGAGCCCGUCUCUCUUCAAGGCAUGAACAAAAACGCUGCUCUCAGUCUCUUGUCACUACAGCCCCUCCACGGUGUUGUCAGCGGCGGUAUGCUUGUCCCAAUAAGCGGUCAAACGGCGGUGGAGCUUGCGGACAUCGAACAAAUCCUUAAGAUUGCUGCAUCGGUGCCUCAACAGAUGUCUUUGUCUCUGGUCCCCACAGUUCAGAGAAGUCCUCUACAGGUGGACCCCAAACAGAUUGCAUCUCUGAAACAAAAGCCCUUAAUUACACCUCGAUCCAGCAUGGGCACCUCAACGCCCCCUCCGCCUAUUAUGAGCGCCCAACAGGCCUCAUCCGGCAACAUCAGUCCUAGCCUUCCACCCCAGACGGGCCAGCAGCAGAGAAGUGCCAGACAAUCUUCGGCAUCCUCCUCGACGUCAUCCUCUCCAACAAACUGGGAAGCUAGUCAGAUGACUUCAGAUAUUAUCUCGUACAACGUUGAGACUGGAAAGAUCAAGCAAGAAGAGUUUGAUAGCAAGGGGCUAAGAGCUCAGAGCAAAAAGACAACCAGGACAGAGUACCCGUGCGGGUUCUGUAAGGAGGUGUUUUCUUUCUCAGGGGGUCUCCAGGCUCACAUGCGUCAUCAUCUUGGAGCGUCACCGUAUCAGUGCAACACUUGUAGCUAUGAAGCUCCUGACAAAGCGACGCUGAUUCGCCAUAUGAGAACGCACAGCGGCGAGCGGCCAUACGUCUGUCGCAUCUGUCACUACCCUUUCACUGUGAAGGCGAACUGCGAGCGCCAUUUGCGCAGGAAACACAUGAAGAACACGCGUAAGGAGAUCGAGAAAAACAUUGAAUAUGUAACCACCUCGUCUAGCGCCAGCGGUGUGUUCGGGGGUCCUACGCCAGACCUCCUUGAUGCAUCUGGUGCUACUGCCACAUCUUGUCGCUAUUGCGGGGAGGACCUUAAGAACUACCGAGCCCUUCAGAUUCACCUGCGAACGCACAAUGGGUGUCAGCGAAAGCCUUUCGAAUGUCGCCAGUGUGGUACAGCGUUCCUCGCUAAGAGAAACUGCAUUCUUCAUUUGCUCAAGCAACACCCGGAGGUUCCAGAAAGGGAGAUUGAAGAACACAUCAAAAGUCUUUUACCUGUUAGUGGAGAUGUCACCAUUCAGACCAACCAUGGUGGUACUCUAUCCCCGAAUGGGUUGGUUAACAGCACCGUUCUUCCUGUCGAUCAGGACCAGCCUUUGGAUUUCUCUAGCAAAUCUCAAAAAGUAAAUGUUUCAGAUAAGAUGGAAGGGACUGCGUAUCCUGUGCUUGAUGACUGCUCGAUAGAGCCCAUUGAUCUCUCUCUACCGAAAGAUCCAGAGAAGAAGAAAAGAAAGACAGAGCUUGCUCACAGCACGUCCAUGAAUCAUCAUCAUAAAGAGGUUAAAAAAGAACAGACCUCGCCAAAAAACGAAAAUAGUUCUGGAAUUCUGGCGCUGUCCAUUUCUAGUCUGGCCCCAGCCUUAUCAAGUGACCUAACCAAACCUGUAACUCGCCUGAAGCCACUGCUACCAAAACCAUCCAGUACUUCAGAAAUGCCACCGCUAGCCUCCAUCGCUCAGAUUAUCUCCUCUGUAUCUGCUACCCCAGUGCUGAUCGAAGCAGAUGCCAGUGCAAUGGAAUUUAAUAGCGUAAUUGAAAAAAAGCCUCUCUUAAGCACCGUCAAGCCAGAUUCCACACAAAAUGUCUCUUCUCCUGAUACUUCAAAGAGGAAAUGCAAAAAGAGACCAUUUCAAGAAGAGAUCUGCGAUUUGAAGCUGGCGUCCGGCGGUGGCAUCGAUCUGGAAUCAAGUGGAGAGUUUCCCAGUGUGGAGAAGAUGCUGGCCACUACUGAUUCCAAUAAGUUUAGCACCUAUCUGCAACCCAAUCAGAUGGAGCCUGUGAAGGAGGAGAAGCAGCAGCAUGCCAUCAGUGAGGAGAUGAUGGAAGGAAAGGAGGAAAAGCCAAAGAAACCUCCUCAGAGUAAAGGAAAGAAGAACGCAUAUUCUAAUUCAGUGCAGAAAAUGACGUGCCCGUACUGUCCACGUCUGUUUCCAUGGGCCAGCUCAUUACAAAGGCAUAUGUUAACACACACAGGUCAGAAGCCAUAUCCUUGCCCUCAGUGUGAGUCAUUCUUCUCCACCAAGUCAAACUGUGAGCGUCACCUGCAUCGAAAACAUCUAGCAUCUAAUCAAUCUCUUCAGCACAAUGUGUCACGAGCCAAACCCAAGGCUGAUGAAGGAUCUCAAGGAAGCACAGGAACUACUGAAAGUAUAUCCGACACUGAGCCUUCUGUAGCUGGAGAUACUACAGAUAUGAGCUUGGUCAACCCCAAGCAAGAAGAGAACGUCUCAUCCCCAGAACAAGAACCCGAACAAACAAGACAAUCAGCCGCAGAACAAACAGAUAGCAGCAGAGAUGCAACUACAACACCGCCAGCUGAUGAGAGCCCUGACAAAAUAGAAAAGAAUGAAGAUGACUCUCAAACCAUCAAGAAAAUUGAUACAAACCUCGCUAACACACCUGAAGACGUCGAGAUUUCUCAAGACGAACAGCACCAGCCUAAAUUACCCGAAACAAACACAGAACCAGCCGGUCAGCAGGAGGAGUUCCCCCACACCUGUGCCACCUGCAAGAAGACCUUUCGCCACGCUGCUACUCUCAGCCGGCACCAGAACACUCACGUUCAGGUGGUUCAGUCGGAAGAUGGAGGAAAGAAGGGAAGACGACAACCAACCGAGUCUAACCAAACCCCGCUCACAGCACCCAGAAAAGAGACGGAGCUCAAGUCAGAAGCCAGUGACAAAGAGGAGAAUGAGAGUGUGGAAAGUGGGGCCGAGGAGGAGACGAAAGAGAGGGAUGAGAUGAGUGAUGAUGAAGAGGACGGUGCUUCCUCAGAGUUCAGAGCCCUAGAAGACGAAAUUGACCCGGCUGGAGGAAAAGCCGAUAAGAGGAAGAAAGUCUGCGAUGUGUGCUGCAAACGCUUUUGGAGUCUGCAGGAUCUAACCAGACACAUGCGAUCACAUACAGGUGAGAGACCUUAUGAGUGUCAAACGUGUUCUCGCACUUUCACUCUGAAACACAGUCUGGUGAGGCACCAACGUGUCCACCAGAAACCCACAGAUGAAAAAGGAAAUGACGAGGCAGAAAUAAACGGAGAAAUUGACGGAGCAGGAGAUGACGCUGCCGUUCUGGAGGGAAACGAGGUCGUGUGUGCUUCUGGAAAGGAAGGUGAUGCAACAUCUCCGAUCCAAACUGAAAGCGAACGCGAGAGAGCAGAGGAGAAUGAAAGACAGAUAGUUGAGGAGGAUAAAGAAGAGCAGAACCCUGAAGAUACAGACGUGAUGAUGGAUUCUGCUGAAGACGCUCCCAAAGAUCCUCAGCUAGAUGGAGCCGGACAGGAGGAAGUUCGAAUGGAGGAGCCUUUAAUCCAUGUUGCCUCAGAUGACACAUCAGACGGUGAUUCAGAACCUGCAAAAAUCCAGUGUACAAUGGCUCAGGAAACAGCGGAGAGGAAAAUUCACUAGGCCUUUAACUGUGUUCAUUCUGUGCCAUUGUUUCUCAAGCUUCCACAAACACUAGAAGACACAAAGUAUGGCCUAUGCCAAUAUUUGUCUUAGACAGUACGCAUGAAAAAUGCACACUGGAGAAUUUCUGAAGCACAGUGAUUCUUCUCUUGAUGCCUUGAUGCUUUUUCUUAAGAUCUGGAUCUACUGGACGGUAGCAUUUUAAUCCUAUUUCUAUGAUUUUUUAAUGAGUCAUAUAAAGCCUUUAUAUUACAGUAAAUAAGAAGAGACAUUUGUAUGAUAAACAGAUUUAUAUGUCAGCAUUAAAAUGUAUUAUUCUUAAGUUUUUGGUUGUUUUUUGUCAAGAAGGUUUUUUUGUCUUGUGGAAUUGAAGAGCUUAAGUGCCUGACUUUGGAGAUCAGCUGAUUACAUAUCUGAUAAAGUUGCUGUUUAGCUCUGUAACUUAGCUUUAUAUUGUAUUUUGGAUGAUCAUCCGUCAAUCAAUUUAUUGGCAAUAUUUGCCUAUUUGUAAAUGAUCCUUCAUCUUAGAGCCUCGUUGACAAAUGAUGCAGACGUGUGUACGUUACUGGAAACAGCGCCCUCUGGUGGUUCAGAGCGUGAAGUAUUAUAUCGAGGCCUGUGCAUCAAAGAGAAUAGUGACACACAGAGAUUUACACAGUAUGUAUUUGAUGUCAGUGUGAAUCAGAGUGAAUCUUAUGUAUCUUUACAUGUGUGAUUUGUGUUUGUCAAGAUUCAAGAUUUGUUUUGCUUUUCUUUGGGUUUUGCGCUUGUACUGGAAAUCUUUCGAGGAUUUACUUUGAUUUUCUCAACACUGGUGUCCACACUAAAAUGCCUGGUAACUUUCAGUUAAGAAACCUAAAAAGUAGAGACCAUUGACAAUCAGUUUUUAUGUUGAAGGGAUACUAUUUCAUCCUCGAACAAAAAAACAACUUCAUACUAUUUUACACUAAUGUUGCAGUAUUUGUCCUGAAACCCAAACAACAGUUUAUUCAGUUCUGAAGCCCUUUAGUCGCAAAAUGUUUUAAGUUUUUGGAAUAUUAAAUUUAGCAAAAAUCUAUAUAUAUUUAGAUGAAAUCUGUUUUCCUCUUUUUUAUGUGUGCAAUGAUGUAUGUACUUGUAAAUGAGUGUAUGGGUGUGCACAGUCAUAUCAAUGAUAGAAAACACUGAACAUUUUAUGCAGUAAUUUAUUGAUCAAUAUAAACAGCAUGGUUGUCAUUUUUGAGAAGCCAUGUAAAAUCCAGUCUGUGCCGCGAAGAAAAUCAGAAGAUGAAUUUCUUUAGAUUGUAUGUUUUUCAGAUACUCUAGAUAGCCUAAUUACAUCUUUUUUUGUCUUUAUUAUUCAGCUAAUGAAAUCUUCAGCCAAAACAGACAUCUAAGCAUUAAACCAGAGAGUAUAGCUACUAUUGAUGGGUUUGACAAUAUGAUUAUAAACGUAAUGAUUUUACAUGUUAAUCUGAUGUGGUGAAUUUCUCAGUUAUUCUCUUUCUCAGGGGCUUUUCGAAUUCUGAAUUUUGUUGUGUCUGGUGUAUAAAACUUGGGUUCUAUUGUAAACAGUCACUGCAGUUAAAAACAUUUGAACGAAUUUGGUCACAAACAUGCACAGGCUGAAAUUCAAAGUUGUUCUAAACAAAACUAAUAGCUCUUUCAAAGGUGUUGCCUCAGCAUCAGUGCCUAUGUUUGUCAGGUGGAUUGUAAAUAUCCGAUCAAUUCAGAUAUAUGCAAAUCAAUUCAGAUGAUUUUACUUUUCUCACUUCACUGUUCAUCCCUGUAAAGUGAAUAAAUCAUGCAAUCAAUAAAUGUACACUAAGAAAGAGUGAGAA